GCCGCCUCCUAUUGGACGAAGAAGCGGAAGCGACACAAACACUCUGCUAACAUCAACACUGACCGUUUCUCCUGAGUUUGUGUCUUUUGGAGGAGUUUUUGGACCCUCAUGGCUUUACCAGCCCAACUCAGAGCCAUCCAGCACCAUCUGCGGACCGCUCAGGAGCAUGAGAAACGGGACCCGGUGGUGACUUAUUACUGUCGUCUCUACGCCAUGCAGACCGGAAUGAAGCUGGACAGCAAGACUCCAGACUGCAGGAAGUUCCUGAUGAAGCUGAUGGACCAGCUGGAGACGAUGAAGAAGGAGCUGAGCGAAAACGACUCCAUCACUCAGGAGGUGGUCGGCAACGCUCACAUCGAAAACUACGCCUUAAAGCUGUUCCUGUACGCCGACAACGAGGACAGAUCAGAACGUUUCCACAAGAACAUGAUCAAGUCCUUCUACACCUCCAGCCUGUUGAUGGACGUUCUGUCUGUUUUUGGGGAGCUUUCAGACGAGAACAUCCAGCACAGGAAGUACGCCCGCUGGAAGGCCACCUACAUCCACAACUGUCUGAAGAACGGCGAGACGCCGCAGUCCGGCCCCAUCGGCAUGGAUGAGGAUGAGGAAGCAGAGUUUGGAGCGGAAGGUYUCUCAGGACAGAGCUUCUCACAUGGAGGCUCCUUCAGGGCAGAUCUUCCUUCACAAAACCAGAAUCRGGAUCAAGGUCCAGCUCCAGGAAUCGGCUUCGCACAGGAUCCGGGAUCAGGUCCAACGGGCCCCCCUGCAUCCAACUACAACAACAUCCAGAUCCCACCAGGGGCCCACGCACCAGCCAACACUCCGGCAGAGCUGCCGCCUCCRUCAGGAGAAGCUGGUAAACCACUCCCUGCUGCCCGGUCGGUUCCUGCUGUUGACCCAUCACUGCUCAGCGCCCAGCAGCAGGGUGGCGUUCAGCUCUCCCCCGAAGAUUUCACCAAGGCGCAGAAGUUCUGCAAGUACGCCGGCAGCGCUCUGCAGUACGAGGACGUCAACACAGCCAUCCAGAACCUCCAGAAAGCCCUGAAACUCCUCACCACCGGCAAAGAAUGAACUCUUUGUCCCUCUGCAGUCUGACUCCUCCCCCCUCCUCUCCUUUUCUUCCAUCUCAACCCCCCCACCACUUCUUCUCCCCUCUAUCUGUCUCCAAUCUGGCCCAAAGUGAGCCAAUGGCGACUCUCGAGCGUCAGACGAGGACACGAUGGAAAUCAGACGGAACAAUGGUGGCCUGUGUCCACCGCCGCUCCAACUGACGGGAUAACUGACCAACUGACUGCAGGACAUGUGGACUCAAAGCCUCGUUAGUGACUCCCUCCAGCUGGUAACGAGCUCAUCCUCCUCGCCGGGGUUCGUAUCUCACAGCAGGUUCAAAAUAAAGACGAGAGAAAACAUCUGAAGGUCCAAAACUCCAACCUGAGUUUGUGUCAUUUUAUCAACUCAAGCUUUUUGUCAUAGCUGAUGUCAGUCAAUCUCCCCAGAAAUGAACUCGCUACCAGGAGGAUUUUGUGUUUUUAGAGCUUCUGUUUGGUCCAGGAAGCUUUAUUACAAAUAUAAACCUACAGAUACCAGUUUGGAUGGAUAAAUCCUGUAAUUCCUGUCAAUAAAUCGUUUCACAGCUGGAUCAUAAACUCAAAUGAUAUCAACAUAAACAAAACCCUUAUUUUGCUGAAGUUAUUUACCUGAAUUUAAUCAAAGGACUUUCAACACUUAAUGAUAAUUGUGACUUAAAGUUAGUUUUAAAUUCCUGUUUAUUUUCACACAGUGUUUCAAAGUUUAACCCAGGUGAUGGGAUCUGAUUGUAAAACCUUAGGAUAAUCCUUUUACUGCUGGAAUGUUUGGCUGAUGCACAUUAAAUUAAUUUAAAGACAUUUUUCUCUCAGUGCUGUUAAUUUUAUGCUAGUUUCCUCUUUGGGAACCUUUACCAAGCUGACUAUUAGCACCUGUGUUUGCUUGAUUUCUCAGUCUGACAGCAGAGACUCGGUGCUUACAGUUGCUAACUAAUGGAGUGUGACAACAAAACAAAACUUUUUAAGCCUAAUAUAGAUGCACCAACUGUGCAGCCAAUGUUUCUCAGGUUUUAAGAAAUCGUUCUACUCUUGAUUGUUCAAUGCUGAACUGAAACCUUUGAACACCUGAUAAUGGCCUCAUUGUUGAAUGUUAGUUCACAGGUAUUGUUAGUUUGUUUUUUUACAGCUGUAUGUUGAUUUAGCAUGCUACUGUAGCAUUAGUCCUUUACGGCUAAUAAACAUCUUGGUAGAUUUUA